GGCAUCCGACACGUGAUCAUGACUUCACAGUAUGACGUCAAAUCCCUCGUCAUCCUGUUUUUGAUUUCGAGAAAAACCAACAUACGAUUUUGAUUUUAUGUCCAUAUAUCAAGAUCAUACUAAGCCUUUAACUUUGAAAUUUUCUGAUGUUCUCUUCAUCCAAACUUACAUAAAGAUAACAAACAAACCUCCUCGAAAGAUCAUCGCAAAAUGCCCUUGACACUAAAUACCUCGGCAUCAUUUGCCCUUACCUCCUCCACAGCAUCGGGAGAUGAUUGGGGUCGUGCAUAUCAAACCAAAACAACCAUCAACAAAGACGGUACUACACGUACAAAACGUACUCAACGUCUUGGAGAACCCAUCAUUGAGGAAACACGACGAUGGGAUGGAAAGGGAAGAAGAGUCCUGGAGGAUGGAAGUAUCUAUGAGAAAAAUGGAAAGGGGAAAGGAUGGGUACAAGUCCAGGGGCCUACUGUGAAGCCGAUACAAAAUACGAAAAAGGGGGGAAGUAGGAAAAAGGGGACGAUUUUGGGAAUGACGUGUGAGCCGAGCAAGAAUGUGGUGGGGAAUGGAAAUGGACUGGGGAAUAAUUUUGGGAAAGGAGGGGUGGGGAAGGGGACGGAGAACUGGUUGAAUGGGAUUAUGGCGAGCGUUGCGAAUGAUGCGUUGGAGAGUAGAGGGAGGGGGAGGAUUGUGCAGGAGGUGGAGAGUGAGGAGAGUGAGGAGGAAAGCGAGGAGGAUAGCGAGGAAGAUUAUACUGACAGUGAGGAGUACACUAGUGGAGAGUAUACGAGUAGCGAGGGAGAAGAGGAAGAGGAGGAGGAAGAGGAGGAGGAGGAAGUAGAAGAAAAACCGAAACCCAAAAAGAGUGCUACGACAACAAAGAAUAAGAGUAAGGUUGGGGCGCCAAAACAACAAACCCCCAAGAAAGAGGUGGGAAAAAAGCAAAAACCAACAAAAAAGCAACUCGUACAGGAAGAGGAGUCUAGUAGCGAGGAGGAAUACGAUGACGACGACGAGGAUGAUGAUGGUUAUGUGAUAGAAGAUAUAACUUCAACUGAUGGAAGAGAAUCAUCUUCCGAGGAAGAAGAAGAGGAGGAGGGAGAGGAAGAAGAAGAAGAAGAAGAGGAAGAGGAGAAAAAACCACAACCCAAAAAGCCCGUGGAUAAAAAAUCAGCAGAGAAGCCAAAAGCACUGCCCAAAGGACCGAACUCCAAGAAGAGCGUCGCGAUUCCAUAAAAUAGUAGCUUCUGUUUCACAUCCUGUAUUACAAUAUUCAAUCAUCCAAUCUGGGGUCUUGCUACGAAAAGAAAGAAAAUUUAAUCAUGUAUCAAUACCUGCUGUGAUCGUUUUCGCUAGGAGCGCAGGGGGAAAUGUGUGAUUUUUCUUCAUGUGUACCUAUUUAGAUAGGGCGAGCAGUAAGCAAAAUAUAUCCAUACACGCUACAUGUAGAUGUAAUAAGAGGGUAUUUCCUCCCCCCCCCUCCCCUCCUUCCA